UGUUAAAAUAAUCAAGAAAAAAGUAAAAAAAAAUAUAAAAAUCAAUCAUGAAUAUUAACAAAAAGAAGCGAAAUUUAAAUGUUGGCAGAAAGAACGAGAACAACGAAACUCAGCAUAAUAAUAAAUCUAAUGAGUAUAAGGAUUAUGCGUUAAUCUCCAAAGAGAAUUGGCAGAUUCGGGAGAGCCGUCACUACCAGAGGAUACAGGAUGUCAAAGUGUGCCUGAGCUUUAUUGCGGACUCGAUUGAUGAUUACAACAAGCUGCAGUACAAUCAGAGUAAGGAGCAGGCCUGGCAGAGGUACGUCGACUGUGACGGCCUGCCCCGGGUGUCUGUUCCGGCUGAAAUACGCACAAUGCUGUCCGAGCUGAGACAUUAUGAGGCGUUGGAAUCGCGGUCGACUGUCAAUUGGGAGCUGUCUGUGGACGAGCGCUGCGUCCUCUCACAGAACAUCUACCGAAAGGACUUGACACGGAAAACACUUAUGCAGACCGUUCGCCCCAAUAUCGGAGCGUUCUACGAUAAAGCUGUGGCGAAUAUACUCAUUACCCUCGAACGCAUUGUUCUCAUGCUACACAACGAGCACGAUAUGCGCGACAUCCCAAGCAGUCGGAUCACAGAAAUCUUAGCUUUACGUCCAGAACUGAGUCACGAAAUUUAUGUGUUCUUUGAUAAGCUGACCUAUCGCAUUAUUUCUGCCCCGACUGCCUACAGGACGUCGUUCGAAGGGUUAACGGAAACCUAUUGCUAUAAUUGUUCCAAUUAUAACUUUCAAGUCUGGUGGUUGCGCGAUGUUCCCGCUCGCUUUGAUUACUUUGAACUACCCCUAAUAUUGGCCGUCUUGGACUGUGUGGGCAUUCAGUUGCAGAUACCGCUUAGUGUUUUAUGUGACAAUCUGACACUGCAGUGUGUGCACACGUUUUUCGAUCAUUUGUCGGAGGAGGCGAAAAGCUAUGACCAGGCCAUCGAUGCCACAGCCAAUAGCAUUAACGGGGGCAUAAUGGACAUUGAGGAUUGUCUGAUCAACGAGUGGCUGAUGCAAGUGAAUAUUGUCGAUAAAAUAUUGACGAAAUUAGAAUUUAAGAAACUGGAAUACGAGGAAUAUGAGGAAUAUUUGCGAGAGAUGAGCCAAAAAGACAGUAACUCACGUUUGGAUGAUAAAAAGCGAAAAAGCUUUAAAAAAAGCGAAAUUAAAACCAAACGCGUAGACCUUCCCCUAUUGAGGAGGACUUUAAAACAGCCCGCUUCAAUUCCGGAGGGUUUUUUUCCGGAUCCGUUCGAACUAUUUCUAGAGGAAGAAGAAAACGAGUUAAGAGAUUUCCUUGAUCGUUGCCUAAAUCCCCGAAAUUUGAAUUUGACAUCAGAUGAGAUCAACUUACGGCAAUAUAAUAUUCUAGGCGGCGUCUAUUCGAUGCACUUUGUGCGCAAGCCAAAAAACACAGGUUUCGAAAAGUUUAAUGUAACCCUGCACGAGGACGGACGGAUACUAUAUACCUCGGAAGAUGUGCGAGCAGUUGUGGAGAGUCCCUCUAUGGAGCAUCGAUCUUCCGAGCAUAUGCAUCACAAGUCUCGAUUCAACUAUACCCAGGCAAUGGAAUCACCAGAGAACAUAGACUUGAAACUGACGCCAGAAGAACUUCCAUAUUUCUGUUUGACCUUUCGCCUGCCAGAGUUGCUGUGUCUUUUCGGGAAGCCAGUGGCAUGUCAGUUCAUGGAAGAGGUGGUCGAGGACGAUGAUGAUGAUAUUAGUUGGAUUGAUUUCAUAGAUCAGCACAAACUGAGAAAGAAACUUAAGAAAUCAUCUACAAAAACAAGUUCGCUAUCUAAGAAGAGUAAAAUAAGUUCAAGAAUUUCAGGGGGAUUUGACGCGCAGCCAAACAGACCGGAUACGACGCUUAUAAGGCGAAAGACGAUGAAUGCAAUGAACAUCUAUCGUCCCUCUAUUAUAAGUACAUUUCGUAUGAACGCUCCGCCUAGCUCGAGCCCGGUCGGCGUCUAUUUGACUGACUUCUAUGUGCAAGGCAAGCCCCUGACCCCGCUUCAAGUUCAUGAAUUGGCGCGAUACUGCUUACCCCGUAUGUUAUCCUCAUUCAAAUUUCCGUUGGAUUUCCGCUUGGAGCAAACCGAAGAAGUAGAAGAUAAGGUUGAACGCGGCUGCACACUUGUGCGUCGACAGAAUAUCGAGACCAAGGAGCCACCCGCAGCACGCACCAAUGUACCGGAGCAUUUUAGCUUCGAGAUGCAGGCAGACCCCGAAAGGAUUUUCCCCAUUUUUGAUCAUCGGGAGCAAGUGAAAUGCACAAGCGAUAGGCUCGCUGCCGAUUCGGACACACAUGGGACGGGCGAGCAUAACAAGAUCUCCAUAUGUGGGCUACUCAACACCCUCGAUGGAAUCGAAGAUCAGUACGCGUCACGAUGCCAGGCACUAAUGAGUCAGACGUUUGGCACUAGAGCAUUACGAUUAGCGCAAUCGGAAAUUCAAAAUAAUUUAUUCAAUAUUCGGUCUAAGACCGGAAGUCGCAGCAGCAAAUUAGUUGCACCUUCAAGGUCCGGGCGCUUAUUUCACAUGAGUCACAUGACUAACGAGACACACAUUAACCGGGAACAUAGCAGCGACACAGCCAGCAUUUCGUCCAACGAUUCUCAUCACUUCAGAAAACCACCUAAGGAGAGCGUGAGGCAAAAAAAAGAGCCAGACAAGGUUAAGCACUGGACCACGAAAUACAUAAAACACACCGAAUUCUUACCGGAAUCUUGCACGUUUAAGAUUCGGACAGAUCGAUUGGGCGUCUUUGGGUUUGCUUACAAGUGCUACGAGCACUUCCCCUUCCAAGAUUGGACCUUAAAGUGUAACUCAGAGAACAACAACGAGAUCAUCUUUACACUGGACACGUGUCAUGUGCGCGUGAUUUUGUUUAUAACCAAUGCGGGCAUCCGGGGCUAUGCGACAAAAAUAACUAAGGAAUAUGUAGCCAACCCGAUUAAGUAUGUGGAGCUCAAAGAGCCCACAUCAGACUUUAGCAAGCUGCGCAGGCACUUCUCCGAGAAUAACAUCAAUAUAUUUGCAGCGAACGAUGCCUGCUUCUAUAUUGAAAAGGGUUACUUCUCCCAAAAGCAUCUGGCAACUGAGAUGCAUGUGUACGAUGCCUUUGCCAUACACUGUAAGAUGAUAAAGUUCUAUCGCUGCGAUUGGAAUCGGUUGGCAAUUCGUCGGAAUAUAUUGCUCUGUCUUCGCAAUCCCAAAGAUCUGAACGAUGGUGCGGAUGUAACGAUACGUGUGACGCCCGAUAACUCAACCUUUGUAGAGGUCUCUGAGGCAUGUCUGGAUACGACCGACACAUAUAAGUUGAACUAUCAGCUCACGUGGCGAAAUAUUGGUAUUUACUCGGAUGUGCAUCAGCUGAUCAACUCGAUGUAUCCACAGGCAACAGAAGCGAGAAAUCGCGAUCCCAAGCUGAUUCACUACAUACGAACACUCUUCAAGGAGAUCAGACCUUUAAGCUUCUCCUAGAUGGGGAUAGAUGGGGAUGGAUGUUGAUGAGAUGCUGUUUCCAUAUGCACAUUUAACGAAAAUGCAUAUGCUUCUCCAAUUGAAUUCAAUUAAAACCAAUUUGUAA